AUGCAGCGCAGGGUCAGCUACGUCCACUCGGACGCACUCACUCAGGCAGCCGACCGCCUCCCGUCCAACCUCGGCCGCGCCACGCUCGUGGACCGCCUCAUCUCGUCCCUCGACCUCAUCAUCAUCGACCCCGACACGGCUGCACCCGCAGAGCGAGGCCGGGCACGCACUGUCCCGCCACAGCCCGCUACGAGAGCCGACCUUGUGCGCUUCCACGACCCGCGCUACAUCGACGCCAUCCUUGGCACCCACGACGACGACUCUUCCUCUUCCUCCUCCUCGAGCGACGCCUCCUCGUCCUCCUCGCCGCCGCCCCAGCCCACUUUCGGCCUCGCCUCCGACUCGAUCGAGCGCCCCAACAAGCGCCGCAAGACCGACACCGACACGCUCGGCCUCCAGGACGACUGCCCCGUCUUCGCCGGCCUGCCCGACUAUGCACGCCUCGUCGCCGGCGCCUCGAUGACGGCGGCGAGGGAGCUGCGCGACGGGCGAGCCGACAUCGCCAUCAACUGGACGGGCGGGCGUCACCACGGCAAGAGAGGCGAGGCCGCCGGGUUCUGCUAUGUCAACGACAUCGUCCUCGCCAUUAUGGAGCUGCGCUCGGCGCCGCAGCGCGCGCUGCCUCCCUCCUCCUCGCCCUCCCCGUCUCCUCCGAGCUCGCCUCGCCCUCUGGACGACGCCCCGUCCGCAUCCUCGCCCCCACCGAGCGCUCCCGCCACGUAUCCCUCGCGCAUCUCGCGCGUCCUGUACCUCGACCUCGACCUGCACCACGGCGACGGCGUCGAGUCGGCCUUCCUCGCAUCGCCCUACGUCCUCACCCUCUCGACCCACCUCCACGCCCCGCUCUUCUACCCCGCGACCGGCGCGCUCGAGUCGACCGGCCCGCCGGGCGAGCCCCGCGCAAAGGGCGCGUACCACGCGCUCAACGUGCCGCUCGAGCCGGGCGCAGGCGAGGACACGCUCAGGAGGGUUUGGGCGAGCUGCGUCGAAAGGGUCAAGGAGGCGUUCCAGCCCGACGCGGUCGUGCUCCAGCUUGGGACGGACGGGCUCGCCGGCGACCCGUGCAAGGAGUGGAACCUGUCGCUGUCGGCGCUCGGGUUCGCCGUUGAGCGCGUCCUGAGCUGGAACAAGCGCACGCUCCUCCUCGGCGGCGGCGGGUACCACUCGCCGAACGCCGCUCGCGCAUGGGCCUACCUCACCUCUGUCGCUCUCGGCCGCCCGCUCCCGCUCGACACGCCCAUCCCGCCCGACCUCCCCUCGUCGACGUACGAGCUCUUUGGGCCCGACUGGACCCUCGACGUGCCCGAGGCGUACGGCGUGCGCGAUCGCAAUGGCGACGAGUCGCUCGGCAGGGUCGAGAGCGCGUUCGAGGGCUCGGGUGUCGAGCUACCCUGA